UUCCAGGAGAUGCUGCUGGAGAACCACAGCUGUGAGCACUUGUGGGGAGACAUGCAGGAGCAGCUUCUUGGCAACGCGUGCCAGCUGCACCCGGGCGCAGAUGGCUGUGUGAUGGGUGGCGGAGGCAAGGACCUGGAUUUGUGGGUGAUGGGCACACCGUGCCCGCCAUUCAGCGAGCAGACCAACGGCCGGUUCCGGCCAGGGGCGGUGGAAUCCCACCCGUUGUACCAUGUGACGUUCAGCUACGCGGCGGAGGCGUUCAAGAUGGGGUACAAGGCCUACGUCUUUGAGCAGGUCCCAGGGUUUGACAAGCCCUACAGCUCCAUAGACAAGGAAACACCGUUCUCAAGGUUGCUUGGCGAUGAAUGA